GAACACACAUCGAGAGCUUCAGAAGAACUGAAUCUAAUAACAACAGAGAAGAUCAUUGAAUAAGAGAGAAGAAUGAAGAUCAUCUGGACCUUCACUCUGCUGAUGAUUCCUGGUGUGUUGAGCUCCAUCAGUGUGAGGGGAUAUUCAGGAGAAAGAGUCAACAUCACAUGCAGAUAUGAUAGACAAUAUACAGCACAUGCAAAGUAUUUUUGUCGAGGACAGUGGUCAGUGUGCACAGACCUAAUCAAGACUAAUACUAAAAACAAAUGGGUUGACUCUGGAAGAUUCUCUCUGUAUGACGACACAAGAGCAGCAGCUUUCACUGUGACCAUCAGAGAUCUGAGUAAAUUGGAUUCUGGGACGUACUACUGUGCAGUUGAUAUCCAUAUCAGUGGAGAUUCCUACACUGAAGUGAAUCUGAACAUUUUAACAGCUAUAACUAUAACUCUGCCAGAAGUAUGCACCAGUCAGACCUCUGGAGGAUGUUUUCAAAAUCUUCUUGAGCAGAUAGAGAACAUUACAGCUCAAGUGCUUCCUUUGAAUACUGUGACGGACAUUUUGACUGUGGCCUUCAACACUUCAGAAAAGAUUUUAGAGUCAUCAUCAGCAGCAAACCCAACUGAACUAGCCUCCAAUGGAAACCGCAUGUUAAAAACCAGCGAGAAACUCAUUUCUACAUUGGUCAAGCCGACAGACACGAGUGGCAACGUCAGUUUUACUCUUGCUGCUGUAGAGGGUCAAGUCUUCAUGGUUGGACCAAAUGUCAUUUUAAAUAAAAUCCCUCAGCUUGACACGACAAAUACUUCUGUGGACAUCGAUCUCAUUGGGAUCGCCAAGAACAACAAAGAAAGAUCAGCUGCUGUGGCUUUCAUGAGCUACAACACGAUGGAGAAUCUACUGAAGCCAGACUUCUUCAACACAUCAAACAACAUGACUAAAACCAUGAUGUCUACUGUGAUCUCAGCUACUCUUCCCAAAACCACCAACACUACACUCACCAAACCAGUCAACUUCACCUUCAGACACAUCAGAGAGUUUGAUCCCAACGGUUCUCUGUCCUGUGUGUACUGGAAUAUCAGCGAGUGGAUUGUAGAUGGUUGUUCUGUUUUAAAGACCAACAGCAGCUACACUGUGUGUUCCUGUGUUCAUCUGUCAACAUUCGCUCUCAUCAUGCAAACCAGCCGCCCACCAGAGAGCGACUCACUGAUGGAUCUGUUGAAUUUGGUUUGUGUGAUCGUGGGGCUGGUGUUCUUCACUUUGGCCCUGUUGACCUUUGCCCUUUGUCAGUGGAGUCCUGGAGUGAAUAAUGUGGCUCGAAUCAACAUCUGCAUCAGUCUUCUGCUGGCUCACCUUCUGUUCCUGCUCACACAGCGGUUCCUGAGCCUCAUACGGCCUCAGCAGGUGUUGUGUGCCGUGAUCUCAGGCCUUCUGCACUUCCUCUUUCUCUCCGGCUUUGUGUGGAUGUUCAUUGAAGCUGUGCUGCUCUUCAUCUGUGUGAAGAACCUAUCACAGAUCAGCUCCAAAAAGAGGGAGGUGCUUAGAAAUGGAUUCCUGUGUGUGAUUGGAUAUGUGGUUGCUCUGGUUGUGGUGUGUGUGUCUGUCGGUCUGGUUCCUGAAGGCUACGGCAGUAAACACUGCUGGAUUAAAUUGGAUAAAGGCUUCAUCUGGAGUUUUCUGGGUCCUGUUUGCGUCAUACUAGCAUCAAACACACUUCUCUUCAUCAAGAUCUUCAUCAGUCUGAACUCAGCUCUUAAAAGUCUCAAUUCUGAUGUUUCACAGAUAAAACAAACCAAGAUAAUGGUGUUUAAAACAUUGGCUCAGUUUGUGGUUCUUGGUUGCCCCUGGAUUCUGGGUUUCUUCACUAAUGGCAGUAAGGUGCUGGAGAUCCUCUUCCUGAUCUUGAACUCCCAGCAGGGAACCUUCAUCUUCCUGAUCUACUGUGUCUUCAAUUAUAGGGUCAGGCAGCAGUACAGGAAGUUCUUCAGAUGUUUUGCUGUGUCAAACAACACUGAGGACUACAGCAUCACGCUCAAGUCUCAUUAAUAUACAGCUGAUUUUAUAUAACAGAAUCUAUGUUUUUGUAUGAUAAAUCUUAUAGUCUCAGAUCCUUUCUGCAAAUGAAAGAAAAACAUGUUAUCCGAGUAUCUUAGACUUAGUUCACACUGCAGGUCUUAAUGCUCAGAUCGGAUUUUUUGCUGAAAUCCGAUUUUUUUGCGCUGUUGUUCACAUUGUAAUUUAAAUGCGACUGCCAUCAGUCUCAUGUGUGAACCGUAUAUGGCCCUGAAGUGACCUGCAUACGCAGAAGAAGACAUGACGUCAGACGCAGUGCACUGUGUUUGCUGAAAUAAAAAUGGAUGCUGCUCGUGUUAGCGCGUGUUUAGCAAUUUUUAAAGGGGUGGUUUACUGCGAUUUCACUUUUUUCAUUUUAAAUAGUGUGUAAUGUUGCUGUUGGUGCAUGAACAGUAUCUGCAAAGUUGCUGCGCUGAAAGUUCAACGUAAGCGGAGAUAUCGUCUUUUAAAAAUCAGGAAGUUUAAUGCCUACAAAAAGGACUCAUAUGGGACUACAACGAGAUACUUCCCGGGUUGCAUACGUAAAAAAACCCUAAAUUUGCAUCAACCCCUCCCUCCGGAACAUGCAAAAGAGGGGGCAAGGCCAUGUUCUGCGGCUUUGUCGAAGAGGAAGAGUUAUAGUGGAGAGUUGUAGCCAUGCCGUCGAAACGGUGUUAUUUUCACCCAGCUGUCAGGUCUUCUGUGUUCGGGCUUCCUACGGAUGCUGUAGUUCGUCAACAAUGGUUAAAAUUUAUGUUUGAUUAUGUUCCUGACAAUUACAAUCCUAAUUUAGCUCUCUGUGCUGCGCAUUUUACGGAAGACAGCUUCCAGAAUCUACACGAGUUCAGUGCCGGAUUCACACAGAAACUAUUACUAAAACAUGGAGCGGUACCAACUUUAAAACCAGAGGCAGCAGUUGUUGGGCCACAACCUGUAAGUAAGAUUUAAUAAUUUUAAAUGUAUUUGCAUGUAUAAUUUCAGACGUAAUGUUUUAGUUUUAUCAAGGACGUAAACAAAUGCCAGUGCUGGCUUUAGUAGCCAGUUAGUUAAAUGCUAUUUCGUGUGUUUAUGACAAAUGCGUACAAACAUUUUGGACCCGAAUUUGUAAUUAUUUACUAAUUUUGUAAAUGUAUUUUCCAAGUAUACUUUAUGACGUAAUUUUUCGAUUUGAUCAAGAACGUAAACACAAGCCAACGCUGUUUGGUUAUAGUAGCCAGUUAGUUCGAUGCUGUUUUGUGUGUAUAAGACAAACGUGUACAAACUUCAAAAAAUUAUAUGUAAUCACAACAGCAAACUUCCAUUCAGAAACGUUUGUAAGAGCCGUGCUUGCGGAAGUUCUGCUUGACUCUCUUCAUUACCGCUUUCUGGGUCUGAUUCUGGCUCAAACUGAUACGGCAAUAUUGACACCAUUAUUUACAUUUGACCGGAGCACAUGCAACUGUCGCCCGUAAAGGUAAUGGGCGUGAAGUUUCCGGACAAUGUGCAGUACGCAGUUUAGCCAAUCACAACACACCGGCCCAACUAACCAAUCUGAGCCCAUUGCCUGUUUCUGAGGGAGUGGUUUCAUAGAAUCAGGAAGUCAACCGGUCGUUCAAAUGACAGAGGAGAAAGCGGCUUACAAUAAAGGUGAAAUAUAUGAAAAAUAAGGCGUUAUAAUAAGACGAAACACGAAGACAUGUUAUAUUGCACCCCAUAAAUGCAAUCAAGCAAAGAAAAAAAGCAGUAAACCACCCCUUUAAGUUAAUGUGCUGUCAGAGCCUAAAUAACGAAGUGACCACCUACAUCACCGUUGUCUGCCAUUGUGAUUUUAAUCCCGCCUCCUCCAGCGCAGAAUUGUGACGUCUGUCGCAUUUCAGUGAUGUAAAAAUCGCAUGAAAUGUGGCAUGGCCGUUCAGACUGAAGUCGCAUUGCAAAACAUCGGAUAUGUAUCCGAUUUAGGACCACAUAUGAAAGUGAUAGAAAGUAGAUUUGUGCUGUUCAGACUGUCAUAAGAAAAUCAAAUAUGGGGUCACAUUUGGGUAAAAAAGUCGGAUUUGGGCCACUUUAGCCUGCAGUGUGAACUAAGUCUUAUUUUAUAGCUGUUAAUACUAAUGAUGUAGAGCUGUUUCACUGCUGAACUGUUUUAUUUAGUCUUCUUUAAACUUUAUUAUCAUUAUUAUUAGUAGUAUUAGUAGUAGUACUGGUGGAGGGUGUAAAGCAUAUUUGUACAAUUCUCAAAAUUUGUACAAACUCUUUCAUGUGUGCAUGGUAACGGGAAAUAAAUAGCUUGUAUGGAAACAUGCAGUUGUGUGGGAGCAACAAUGUAUAACUUUACAAUUACGUCUUUGUUUUUUGAGCUCGGAAAGCUCCAAAUGAAUUACUGUUUCUUCUGUAAAGGCCCAUUUUACAGUAUAUUACUUUAAUAUUGUACUGUGAUUAUAUAUAUAUAUAUAUAUAUAUAUAUAUAUAUAUAUAUGGGUGAUUCUUAGACUAUGGGCACUUUUAUGUUCUUUGGUCAUAUUUUAAAAAAUACAUAGAAUUUUGGACAAAUUCCUCUUUGUCAAACUAACAAUAAA